AUGCGCCCAGGUGGGUGGAGAGUGGGCAGCCUCUGGGCCUGGAAGGACUCUUGCAGCCCUGACCCCAGGCCACCAGCACUCUGCAGUGGCGGGGCCUCCAGGAAUGCCUCUGUAGUGGUCACCAACACCUUCCUGCCCAGCACCUCCUUCACUCCUCCAGGACCAUCCCAGGUGGUUACACACAUUUCACAGAUGGACAAGUUGUGGCCCGGUUCAGGGAAACACACCUGCCAGCAGGCUGGGGUCAGGCUGGGUCAGGUCUCAGAACCUGGGGUUCUGGCACGUUGGCCCAGCCCUCCCUGA